UCAACUGUAUGUCAGCCGAUAAGUGAGGUUUCUUCCUUUGAAUGUAAAAGUCUGGCAACGUCACACGUCUCUUCAUAUUAUGGAGAAUACCGUAACGGUAGGAAGAACCGUGGCGCCCCCAGAUCUCUAGCAUACGAAAUUUACGAAUUCAACCAUAUUUAUGUUUAUGCUAUCUCUCAACUUCUGAAGAUUUUGAUACGCCGGCUGGUUACUGCCUUUCGAGAGUGCUACUGCGAUGAACUAGACAACUGCCUGGCACUUGUAGAUAUAUACAUCUUUGGCUUCACAUUUCAUAUUGAAAUGUAAACACAACGGGUAAACACUAGUGAAAAUGCACGUGUUGAGGCGAAGUCGUACAGUACUUUGCAGUGGAGCGAAAAGCGACAGUGUGGUUCCAGUAUUUUGUUAGUUAGCGGGCUGUGGCGAAUAGUAUAAAAUAUUUCUGCUUCAUAUGUCUCUCAUUUCCAUCCUUGAUUUGUCUUUGUGACAAGUCAUUUAAGUGUGGAAUUUUGAAAAACAAAAAAUGUUUGUACUUGCCGAAAUGAAGCAUGUCAUUCGAAUUCCACCACAUGAUUUUAAGAAGAGGCUUAAUGAUGCUAUUUCAGAAGAGCUGAACAAGAAGUUGGCGAACAAAGUUGUUUUAAAUGUCGGUUUGUGCAUUGCACUGUUUGACAUAACACGUUUAGAAGAUUCUUACAUAUUCCCUGGUGAUGGCGCAGCACACACCAAAGUAAACUUCCGUUAUGUUGUAUUCAGGCCAUUCAUGGAAGAAAUACUCAUCGGUAAAAUUAAAAGCUGUAGCCCAGAAGGCGUUCAAGUUACACUUGGGUUUUUUGAUGAUAUAAUUAUUCCACCAGCAUCGUUACAGCAUCCGUCAAGGUUUGACGAAACAGAACAAGCCUGGGUUUGGAUAUAUGACACUGAUGGUGACACACAUGAUUUGUUUAUGGAUCCAGGAGAGACAAUAAGAUUUCGUGUUACUGCUGAGAGCUUCGUGGAAACAUCACCUGUUGGUCCUGAGAAUCCAGAUGUAAAAGAUGCAGUUGAUGCUACAGAAGAGCCGAAAGUUCCAUACAAACUGACGGGUAGCAUCAAUGAACCAGGUCUUGGUCUUUUGUCUUGGUGGGCAAAUUCGUAAUGUGCAGACACUUUGGAAGAAGAUUGAUGUAUUUAACAGCCAGGAACUUGUACAACAGGAUGUCAACACAGGUAGUUAGUGCAGUAAUUGUAUUUUUGGAUUCAUUUGUGUUCAUGGUCUGUUGUAAGCAAUAAAUUUAUUAUUCAAGUAUUCUUUAAA